UUAAAAUAAUUGCUUUUAACUUUUUUAUUUAAUUAUAAAUUAUGCAAUUAUAAUUAUUAUUCUAUUAAUGAAAAGUUUCAUAGUCGUGGUAUAAUUUAAAAUCGAUUAAAUCGUUAAAAAAAGCAACGUUGAGAUACUUUAAUUAAGUGCUAAAUUUACGUUCUAGAAUGCCAAAGUUAGCAGCUGGUUUUGUAAUAUUCCGAAGAGUAUCAUCUUCAAUUGAAUACCUAUUAUUGCAGACAUCUUAUGGUGAACAUCAUUGGACACCUCCGAAAGGUCAUUUAGAUCCUGGCGAAACUGAUAUUAUUGCCGCUUAUCGUGAAACUGAAGAGGAGGCCGGUUUUAAAAAGACCGAUUUGAAGGUGUUUGAGGAUUCCAAAAAAUGUUUGAAUUAUGAAGUGAAAGGUCGUCCAAAAACCGUAACUUAUUGGUUAGCUGAAUUGAUCGAUUUAUCUUCCAAUUUUAAGUUGAGCCAUGAGCAUCAAGAUGGAAAAUGGCUUGAGUUGGAGGAAGCAUGUCGAUAUGCAAAUUAUUCAGAUAUGCAAGGUUUAUUGAAAUAUUAUGAUGAAUUUAUUAAAGCUAAGUUGUAAAUUUGUUCAAUAAUAAAGAAUUUAUUAAAUUUUA